AUGAUUGUACAAAGUUCACGCAGUUUUUCUAAAUUUAUUUUUAAAAGAUUUUUAUCAGGAGGUAAAGAAUCAAUUUCUGCUGCACCUUCAGGUACAACUGGUAUUGAACAUGCUGAUGCUUUUAAACAAAAAGGAUUAAAGUAUAAACAAGAUUUUAAAGAUUAUAAAUGUAUUGAAUAUCUUAAUUUUAACAAAUGGUCUUUUUAUGACAAGGAAGUUGAUAUGAUGAGUCUUCGUGUCCCACAGCCAUCAAAUAAAAAAGCUGAUGUUGCACCAAAAGUUACAAUAUCUUCAUAA